AGUCACCUUCGUGUCCUUCCGUAUUUAGCGUCCGAGUGCUUCUGUACUUUGGUCUGCUCCUUGCUCCUCUCUUUGCUCACUCUCCCUUUGCAUCUCUUCUUGAUUUUGUGAGAUCUCGUCCUCCUACCCUUCUUUAGAUUGUUCCUACUCUCCUAUAUUGUGCUUCCUACAACCUCCUAUAUUCAUCUAUUCACUGAGCUAGUCAGAACUGCUAUUCAGCACUACACACAGAUACAACCUUAAUAGCUGUUAAAAUGCUGGUAAAUAGUCAGUGUCCUGGGCCCCAGAGUAGUCUCUCUGCCCCAGCCCCUUCCCUAGGAUCCCCUGGAUCUCAGCCUGAAACAGCAAUUAAAGGUCCAUGUCUGGCAUCGUGGGGCCCUCCAGGAGACUGCUUAAGCUCUAGGCUGGUAGGUGCCCACGCCAUAUUACCCCAGCAUCCAGUAGCCACAGAUUAGGUGCCUACUGUGUGUCUCUUUCCUUCUCUGGCAGGUUCAGGUCUUCUCCCACUACAGAGCUCAGCAGCAGCAGCCUAUGGAGCCAGGCGCCUGGGGGAACAGGACAACUGUCACUGAGUUCAUCCUUCUUGGCCUGACAGAAAACGUAAGACUGAAACCCAUCCUUUUUGUCGUCUUCCUCUUUGCCUAUGUACUCACCAUAGGGGGCAACUUCAGCAUCCUGGCUGCCAUCUUUGUGGAGCCCAAACUCCACACUCCCAUGUACUACUUCUUGGGGAACCUAUCUCUGCUGGACAUUGGAUGCAUCACUGUCACGGUCCCUCCAAUGCUAGCAUGUCUCCUGCCCCCCCAGUGCAGAGUCCCCUACACUGCCUGCGUUUCACAGCUCUUCUUCUUCCACCUCCUGGCCGGUGUGGACUGUCACCUCCUGACAGCCAUGGCCUAUGACCGCUACCUGGCCAUCUGCCGGCCCCUCACCUACAGCACCCGCAUGCGCCGUGAAGUCCGGGGUGCCCUGGUGGCCAUUUGCUGCACUAUCUCCUUUAUCAAUGCUCUGACUCACACAGUGGCUGUGUCUGUGCUUGACUUCUGCGGCCCUAAUGUGGUCAACCACUUCUACUGCGACCUCCCACCCCUUUUCCAGCUCUCCUGCUCCAGUACCCACCUCAAUGGGCAGCUGCUUUUUGUGGGGGCCACUUUCAUGGGGGUGUUCCCCAUGAUCCUCAUCUCAGUGUCUUACGCCCACGUCACAGCUGCAGUGCUACGAAUCCGUUCAGCAGAGGGGAGGAAGAAGGCCUUCUCCACGUGUGGCUCCCACCUCACCGUGGUCUGUAUCUUUUAUGGAACUGGCUUCUUCAGUUACAUGCGUCUGGGCUCAGGGUCAGCCUCAGACAAAGACAAAGGGAUUGGGAUCCUCAAUACUAUCCUCAGCCCCAUGUUGAACCCACUCAUCUAUAGCCUCCGGAACCCUGAUGUGCAGGGCGCCCUGAAAAGGGUGCUGAUGGGGAAGCGGCCUCCUGAAUGAGAAGGCAGGGCAUCGAAAUACCCCUCCCUCCUAGAGCACCCCCUGACUUUCCCAUGCUGAAGGCAUGAUGUCGGUCACAGGUGUCUUCAGGGGUGGGUUGAGGGAUGGGAGGAAAGUAGAUAGUAUGGACCAGAGUAGAGGAUGGUUUAUCUUGGAUUGGGGAGAAAAGCUAAAGCUGGUAGGAGAUGGAUUAAAGUCAGGUGGGAGAAAAUUAUAACGUGGGUCAGGAAAUGGGACACAAAUCCACUAUUUGUUUAAGUUCAGUGAGUGUUCAGCUGAAAUAUAUUUAAAAUGCUAAUAAAAGCAAAAUGUUUGUACCCUCCACUCACCUUUUAAGACAAAAUGCAUUCGUACCAGAGUAGGGGGUGUGGUUUUUAGAAGAUUCUUCUUCAGGAAAUAAACCCAGGACUGUGUCAUUAAAUCGAGGUUUGACGUAGCCUAGGAGGGGGCAUUGGGACCUGUCCGAACGCCCUGCCAGCGUCUUCUUCAGAGCAACGUUGCCACAUGCGGGCUCCGCAAACCAGUGUCCCCAUCCUGAGUAAUCGUUAGUGGGAACACCACAUUUUCAUGUCCGUGUGCGAACUGACUCUCACAGCUCCUGCACCAAAAAUGUGAGGACGGAGCAUGUUUCAGGAGAAGGAGCACUCAGAAUAGUUCGGCGCCCCUCUCAAAGUCCAACAAACUCAUCCUGAUAUGAAAUUGUAGGACACAGCUGGGGCAACUUUUGGUGAAAUGAAGGUACUAUGGACAUUUUCAGGCCAAAAAAGAAGGAGGAGGGGGGCAAUAUGAGGAAGGUACUGGAUAUGAAAGAAAAAGAACCCACUGUUUUUGAUGAAAUAAAGGCAAUCACUGAGUUUGCCAUAAAAGAGCAACACUUUCCGAACCGUGUGAACUGAGAGAAUCCUGCCUGAAGCUACAGCCAAAGAAGAGUCUCCUGCCUGCAGAGAAUUAGGAAGAGAGCAUUUAGUUCGCAAAGCUGAGCACAGAGCACCAGGGUGUGAAAUCCCGUAACACCCAGAAACCGGGAUCCACUUAACUUAGAGCACGUGACAGGGGAGGGGUAAUAAUAAACAAGUCAUCAUGUGCUAUGACAAAGUGGUUGUCUUUAAUUCAUGUUCUGAAGCGCAUGGUUUUUUUAGGCCUGCCUUUAGAUAUUGUGAAUUUUGUUACUUAGCCUAACUAGGUGUGAUCAUGUUUCACAAAGCCAUUUCUUCCCCAGGGAAAUCUGAACUGUAUAGUUUUUGACUCUGCUAUGCAAAUAUGAGCAAUUCAUGAUUCAUGUAAAUCAUUUUACUAAAAAGCCUCUUUUUGUUUAAAAAGAAAUGUGAAUGUAUUGACAUGAAAAGGUGUAUAGCAUCUAUUGCUAAAUUUGGAAAGUGACGAUAAUGUGAUAUGUGAGCGGGGGCAGAGGGGGUGAGUAGGCAAAAAAUCCCGGACAACAACCCCCGAGCUUAGACAGUGCUUCCUUCCCUCUGUGGAGGAGGGUAGGGCUGUGGGGAGUGGAGAAGCACUUCAGCUUUUAUUUUGUGUAUUUUUAUUUGAAUUUUUUUCCCUGGGUUCUGUAAUUUAAACAACCACGGCAAAAAAUAAAUUGUAAAAAAUGCUAAUGGUGACAAUGCGGAGUUGGGAGGGUAGGGUGAAUGGACUGUAGUGUUUUAUCUCCGGCCUUCAAAGUGUCCUCUGUCAUCCUCAUCUUUGAGAAAAAUAGUAAGUUGGCUUGUCCAUCCAACAGAAGGCCAUUGGGUUCACCUGGUCAAGAUUUGGGCGCCUGGGAGAGACAUAAGCCAGUCAUUGGCCAUCUUGCUCCUCCAAACGAUCCCUAUCCUAGGAGAAUACUCUCGGUGGGCCUUUCCUCCCUCCUCCAUGCCCUUCCUGGCCCUGACCAUUUGAACUGUACCCUCCAUUCCACACCAACGUAAUUCUACUCAGAAGUAGUGACUAAUCUUGGUGGGGACCCAUUUUGACCUUUCCUAGUUCCCUGUGCUGCAGACAAAGGUUCGUGGACUCCCGGCACCGAAAGACAACUUCUAACCAUAUCACCACCCUGACUUCAGAGAGCCCACAUCCAAAGAAAUAUGUUACAGAUGUCAUCGGUUACUUUGU